AUGGCAAACAUGGAUCCUUAUUUUGCUGGGCACAUAGAGAACCUCGUCCAUUACUACGAAGACUUCAUGGAAAAUUCGGGGGAUCCUCGGAUGAAAAACUUGCCCCUAAUGGACAACCCCUUACCUACUUUGUUUAUCUGCCUCGUGUACAUGCAUUUUUGUAAAGCUAUUGGCCCUAGAUUGAUGAGACACCGCAAACCAUUGGAACUACGUUAUUUUAGUGUGUUAUACUACUUCGCACAAAUGGCUCUUAAUGGAUGGAUAUUCAACGAGUACCUGCAGACUGUUUUGCUGGGAAUAAAUAACUCACAGUGUCAACCUUUGGACUGCAGCAAUGGACCGAUGGCCGAACGCAUGGCAAACACAUGUUGGUGGUACUUCAUAUCCAAGUUCAUGGAGAUGUUUGACACAGUGAUUUUCCUCAUAACGAAGAAAAACUACCCCGUGACUGACAUGCACAUCGUUCAUCACAGUCUGAUGCCCAUCAGCGUUUGGGCUGGCCUCAAAUUUGCCCCUGGAAAUCACAGUACCUUGUUCGCGCUCGUCAAUACUUUUGUGCACGUGGUCAUGUACCUUUAUUACAUGCUAACUGCCAUCGGACCUAAGAGCAAGUACCUUCAAUCGGGAAGAAAGUAUCUCACAGGUUUACAGAUACUUCAAUUCCUCAUUGUUUUGGGACACCAGUUCCAAUUCGCAUUUACCGAAUGCACUUAUUCCAAAGGUUUCGUGCUCUGGAUUGCACUUCAUGGCCUGUUUGUCUUCUUGCUAUUUGCUGACUUCUACAACAAGAAGUACGAGUCUGGCAUGAAGAGAAUACCUAGUCAACCCAAAGUACCUGACUCGCCAGCCAAGAAUGAAGCGGUGGCUGAAGGCGAGCAGGAAAAGAGACAGGUUCCGAUCCCUAUGGAGAGGACUUUUCGCAUUUGGGACAGAGAAGAAACGGAGAAUACAGACACAACAGACGGCCAGAGACCCUUUACACUGACGGAAGAACUUUCUACUCAGGACAAAGGAGAGUGA